UACUACCAGUCCCGUCAUAGACAAUCUCGCAACCAGGGCAUGAGUCUGGAGCGAGCGUGCAGCGCUCGAGAAGAGAACCAGAGAAUGUGAGAGCAGCGCGCAAAACCACUUCUCCACAACCGACUUUCAUAGAAUUCCUAGAAAUGUGCUUCUCGUAGAUUGCCCAGCGCCAAUAAAGGGGCGAUAUCUGCUCCAGUAACUCAUAGGAAAAUGAAACGCCUUUCCCGAAAGCUCACUUUGGCAUUGGUGGUGCUUUGUUGGAUUGCUGCACUACUGUAUUUGAUACUCUUAAGUAGGCAGAAAGUAUCGGACCUGGGGACUAAAGAUGCACAGUACGGAAAGAUCUCAGAGGCAGAAUGGGACGACCUCCUGGAAGAGUUUGAAGAGAAGAACUACCUCAACGCCAGGCGAUGGAAACCAGGCCAGGACCCGUACAAACUGUAUGCCUUCAACCAGAGAGAGAGUGAGAGGAUACCCAGCAACAGAGUUCUCAGAGACACACGUCAUUACAGGUGCACCACGCUACAUUAUGACCCAGAUCUGCCCUCCACCUCCAUUGUCAUCACCUUCCACAACGAGGCCCGCUCUACUCUGCUACGCACCAUCAGGAGUGUGCUGAACCGGACGCCAGUCCACCUGAUUCACGAGAUCAUCCUGGUAGAUGACUACAGUGAGGAUGUUCCUGGACAGUCACUGUGAGGUCAAACAAAGACUGGCUGCCUCCGCUGCCCAGAGGAUUAAAGAGGACCCCACCUGUGUGGUGAGCCCAGUGAUCGACAUCAUUAACAUGGAUACAUUCGCCUACGUAGCAGCCUCCUCUGACCUCCGUGGAGGCUUCGACUGGAGUCUACAUUUCAAGUGGGAGCAGUUGUCUGCUGAACAGAAAGCCAGGAGAGCUGACCCCACCGAACCCAUUAAGACGCCUAUCAUCGCCGGAGGGCUGUUUGUGAUUGACAAGUCGUGGUUCAACCACCUGGGGAAGUAUGACACAGCCAUGGACAUCUGGGGCGGGGAGAACUUUGAGAUCUCGUUCCGGGUGUGGAUGUGUGGAGGGAGCCUAGAGAUUAUCCCCUGCAGCAGGGUCGGCCACGUCUUUCGCAAGAAACACCCCUACAUCUUCCCUGAGGGCAACGCCAACACAUACAUCAAGAACACCAGGCGCACGGCGGAGGUGUGGAUGGACGAGUUCAGGCUCUUCUACUACUCGGCUCGCCCUGCAGCACGGGGAAAGUCCUACGGAGACAUUCAUGGCAGGGAAGAGCUCCGCAAGAUUCUCAAGUGCAAAUCCUUCAAGUGGUAUCUGGACAACGUCUACCCAGAGCUCAAAGUGCCGGAUGAUUCGGACUCUAAGUCRGGGGUGAUUCGUCAAAGACAGAAUUGUCUAGAGUCGCGGAAGCUGGAGGGACAGGAACUCCCCUCUCUCACACUGGCAACCUGCAUCGGGACCAAGUCUGUGCCAGCACUCAACCAGGAGUGGAUCUACACCCACGGACAGCAGAUCCGCCAGCAACAGCACUGCCUCUCCCUCUCUACCACUUUCCCUGCCUCCCAGGUCAUGCUCAUGCCCUGCAACAUCGGCGACGGGAAACAACGAUGGCAGAAGUCAGGCACCCAUCUGGAGCACCUGGCCUCCCACUUCUGCAUGGACAGUGAGAUGGCCCUGGACGGCAUCGAGAGCAGCAAGAUGCUGGUGAUCAGCCCCUGUGAACUGACAGCCUACACCCAGAGAUGGGAGAUGCCCUUCUCCUGAUCCACCCACAACACAAUCCUUCCUGUAGAGGAGGACUACCCUAUGAGAAAUCACAAACUUCUGCAGUGCUUACUAUAGCCAAGGGCUUUUAGAAAGAGAGAGAGAGAGUGAUGGAGAGGGAAAGGAGAGAGGAGGUGGAUACCAGAGUAAAGGGUGUUUUAGGUCACUGAGAUAAGUCUUUAUAAGAUGGCAGGGACUUGGACUGAUGUCAGCACAUUCAAGUGUUCAACAAGACAUUCAGCAGGGCUGAAGUCAUUUAUUGUGGGCUAAUAUAGAUGAAAAUACAGGGGACACCAUUUUUCAUUGCUGUUUUCAUUGAAACUCGUGGUCUGUUAAAACUAUUCUUCUAACUGCUGCUUCAAGUGUAUAAGUUCUGAUUUAGACUUCAACCUGUCUUCGUAAUGACAUUUCAAUGGGAUGGGAUGCAGCUAUGAUGGAAUUUGUGUCAGGAAAUUUAAUGCACAUGUCAAAUGGCGAUAUUUUAAUAUCCUAUGAUUCCCAUUUAUUUUUAAUUGAAAUGGAGAUGACCUUUACACAAAAUGUCUAUGAUCCUGAAGAAGAAAAAACACACACACACACACACGUCUAUGAUCCUGAAACACAAACACACUGUAAUAGCCAGUGCUGCAAUGUCAAAAAAGAAAUAAAAGAAAUACAGAAAA